AUGGUCAAUACCGAAUCCAAAUUCGGAUUAGUGUGGUUUCGGGUACGGGCCGAGAGACAAGCCCUGUCUCAGCGGUACGAUGGGUACCUGUCCGAGACUAUCAUCCGAGAAGGGACGAUGAAAUUUACCCAUAACUCCCAAAUCCGCUGCUUUGCUCACAUCUUGAACUUGGUUAUGAAAACCAUAUUGAGGUCUCUACGCGCUAGUUCGCAUAAAGAAGCCUGUGAUCUUCUUGAUGAUGUUGCUAAGAGGAGCUGGAAGACGGUCAACGCUCCUACUUCGCCUAUUGCAAAGCUUCGACUACUUGUACUUUGGAUUGCGCGAUCUCCUCAGCGGAUACAGAAGUGGGAUAAUCGACCUGGCUGUACAAAAGCUAUCAACUACGAUGUUGAUACUUGGUGGAACUCCACCUUCGUUAUGAUUGUGAGAGCCGAAGAGUGUCGCCGUCAGCUCGAAGAUACAGUCAACGAUGAUCCAGAUAUCGAAGCCUUACGUCUCACACCUAACGACUGGAGACAGCUCUCGGAUAUCAAGAAGAUCCUGGCUCCCUUUAAUGAAUAUACCGAGUAUGUCUCUCGGGAUAGCCCUUCAAUUCAUAUGGCGGCGCUAAUAACUGUUCCUGUUUCCGAUGGAAUCUCACUCCUGGAGAAGUACCACGACUGCGUCAAAGACAACGACAUAUACUAUAUCGCAAGCGUCCUGGACCCUCGAAUUAAGACCAAGUGGCUAAAAACGCUAUCGGAUGGAGAGAAGAUUAUUGACCGAAUCCGGGAGUUUCUGAAGAAAGCAUAUUCUACUACAAAACAGCCUGUAUCGACCGCUCCAAGCACCAAUUGGAAGAGCUUCGAAUAUCGAUUUCUGGAAGCCUUUCAGCCUACACAGUAUAAUGUCGCUGAGUCUGACAUCGAUAAGUAUUUCGAUACUCCGACAAUCAGCACUGGUUUCGAUAUAAGCCAGAGCCAGUCCGAGUUUAUACGAAACUGGUGGAAGGCCAACAUGCUUGAAUAUAGUUGUAUGGCAAAGGUAGCACAAGAUCACCUUGCUAUACCAGCAGCAGAGGUAGAUAUCGAGAGAUUGUUCAAUGGUGGGAGAGAUGUGCUGGGGAUUCGACGUUUCUCCAUGAAAGGUAAGACCCUUGGGACCUUAUUAAGGCUGAAAGAUGCUGCGCGUUGGAAGUCUUCAUAG